AGUUAUCUGUUUCUCCUCUGCUGUCGCUCUGACACACACACUGCACACACACACACACACACACACACAGAGGGAGGUAGAUAACUCUGUGAUUCCACUGCUGAAUUUUUAACGCUGUUGUGGAACUUUUUUUUUCCAGGCGGGUUACUGUGGCACCAGGGUACUGUUACACCGACAGAGACAGAGAGACAGGGUCCAGUUCAGUUCUGUUGUUUACUGAGGCUGGACGGACACAGGACUGUUCAUGGGGUGCACGGCCCGUCCUGUCCUGAUGCAGUUACCGUAGCAACAUGACCCUCAACACUCAGAGAGAGAAGGAGCCCUUGCGGCGGCGAUGCAGCACACCGAUCCCUCCUGCCCACUUCUACCAGCACCCGUCCUGGACUCGGGACCUUCAGGAUCCGGUGCACCCCGCCAGCACCCAGCCAGACCCCGAGCAGCCGCGUCCACAACGCAGCCACCCUCCUCUGGGACAGUCGGCGUCCUACCACCCUGGAGACAAGUCCCUCCACUACCGCGCCCAGUGGAGUUCAGACUCUGACGACGAUUCGCAAAGCGACUCAGACUGUGUUUACAGAGUGGUGUUGUUAGGCGACCAUGGCGUCGGAAAGACCAGUCUCGCAGGAAUCUUUGCUGGGAUCACAGAGAAAGACGAACAACCUGGAGAAGACACAUAUGAGCGGACACUGACAGUAGAUGGAGAGGAGACCACACUCAUCGUCAUGGAUACCUGGGAGAACGACAAACUGGAGGGGGAGGACAACACCUCUCAAGACGACUGUCUAAAGGUUGGAAGUGCUUACGUCAUUGUCUACUCUGUAACCGACCGCUCCAGCUUUGAUGCUGCCGCUGAGCUCCGAAUCACGCUGCGACGCAUCCGCCAGGCCGAAAACCUGCCCAUCAUCCUUGUUGGCAACAAGAGUGACCUGGUCCGGUCCAGAGAAGUCGCUGUGGAAGAGGGCCGAGCUUGUGCGGUGGUGUUCGACUGUAAGUUCAUCGAGACAUCGGCGUCUCUGCAACAUAAUGUGACCGAGCUGUUUGAGGGUGUGAUCCGACAGAUCCGCCUCCGUCAGGACGGUAGUGAGGCCAUUCAGCGCCGACGCUCCAUAUACAGACGUAAAGAGAGCCUCACCCAGAAGGCUCGCCGCUUCCUGGACCGACUGGUGGCACGCAACAACCAGCGCAUGGCGGUCAAAGUGCGGUCCAAGAGCUGCCACGACCUGGCCGUCCUCUGAAGAGACAUGUCCUCCAGGAGUGGCAGGUUGGAUCUUCUUUGACUUGUUGAAGUUCUCUCUGGGUGUGAUAGCGUGGAUGGUGGCGUCUGCGGUGAUUGUCACACGAAUCGACAAUAAAAAUGAUCAGUGGCAAAAGGAGUCAGCUGACUGUAACGUGCGUCGCUGUGAUCACAGUGAACAACUUGUUUUCCUGUUUGACCGUUUGGUCCCAACGUUUUUGUGACUUUUCCUACAGAUGACGGAAAAAACUGACUGUGACGGAUCGUAACUGUUGGGCUGAUGGAUGAGUGUUCAGUGUGUGUGUGUGUGUGUGUGUGCGUGUGUGUGUGUCAACAGGUGUCUGUUCAGGAUGUUCUGUAUUUUCCACUGUGUCCACUGUGCUGUUCUCCUGAGGUUUCUAUUGUUUUCAGUUCAACACUGUGCAGAAUAAAGUCUAAAAUGAACAGUC